AUGGAGCAUACGGUGCCGCGUAAACGACCGCGACCGCGACCAGUAGUCUCGUGUCUGCGUUGUCGAGAGAAAAAGUUAAAGUGCGACCGUACAUGCCCCUGUCAGAACUGCAUCAAAGCGGGUUGCCGCGAGGAAUGCGCGUACAAUACACGCAUGCACGCAGACGAGUCUCAAGGGUCCAACCCCCGGAGGCUACGAGUUCCAAGCGAUGUAGACAACAUCAACUCGAGACCUACAUCACACCAUGAAGUAGGUGUAGUUGAGGAUUUGCAGCAGCGCGUGACUAGAUUGGAAGAACUGCUUGCUGUGCGGUCUGAUGCCAGCGAUCCGAGGCCAAUAUGUGCAACGCACACUGGUGUAUCACGAGUCCACCAUAAUUCUGCGUUUCUCGCGCUGCCUUAUCCAGGCACCCUAGCGGUAAAAGGCUCCCGUUCUCGUUAUCACGGAGAGAAUAGCCGUAUCUCGCUUCUAAAUCAGUUCCCGGAUGCGAAAGAAUUCAUCAACCGAUGCACCGAGGAUGCCGAGCUCGUCGGACUCGCGCGAGAGGUUCAAUCUCUUCAGGCAAGAUCAACGGCUCCAGUCGCAUCGCCAGACUCACUUCCAGAGUCGGCAGGACUCCCUGAGCUGCACUAUCUUGGCCGCCGGCUUCCUCCCAAAUCCACGUGUGACAAGAUGUUGCGAGUCUAUACCACUCUUUUUGAGGGCAUAUUGCGAGUCAUUCACCGUCCGUCGUUCCACCGCCAGUACCAGAAGUUUUGGGAUCACUAUGAACAGCAAAAUUGCUCUGAAUUUGUACCUCUGUUGACAGCUGUAUUGGCUGCUGCUGCUCUGUUCAACCCAGAUGCAUUCACGUCUGAAGAAUACUCGGCUCGAGAAUACUUCACUCACGAGGCCACCAGGGCGCUGCACGCCUGGGUAAAUCAGAUAUCACGAAAACAGCGAAAUGACUUGGCAACCUUACAGGUCGAGACACUAGUACUUCUGUCUGAAUAUCUUCAAUUGACGCCUGUGGACGAGAUGUGGCAAGCAAGCGGAUCCCUGGUGCGUUCGGGCAUGACGAUGGGGCUACAUGUCGAUCUCUCUCGCUUUACCAAACUAUCCUUCUAUCAGAAAGAAUGUCGCCGUCGAUUAUGGGUCACUAUAUUGGAGCUAGACCUGCAGAUCUCUAUCGUAUCGGGAAUGCCGAUGAUGGCGCCAGAGAUGGAUCUCGGCCCUCUGACGCCGCUGAACCUGAACGAUACUGAUUUUGACGAGUCAACCUCGGAGCCACCAGUCGCUGCAGAAAUUGAGGAAGAGACGGAUUCACUUGCGCAGGUUACGCUUGCGACAUCGUUGGCUCAUCGUAUGAAGAUGAUGAGACUGGCACAGUACACAAGCGCACGCGAUAGCCUCGGCGAACGCAUUGAGCUUAGCACAAAACUGGAAGAGUAUCUGACUCGCAUGCCGCACCAACUAAAGCCCGGCAAUGAGAAGUCUACUACUCGCCCUGCGUCUAUCAUGAGCAACGUUCUUCUCGACGUCUUCAUUCGUCGUCCACUCUUGCACCUUCUUCGUCCCUGUUUAUCUGCGGUGACGAACGCCGGUCUUGAUGAGCCUUCUUUCCUUUUGAUUCGCCGUGCCUGUCUUUAUUCCUCGUUAGCGAUCAUCUCGUAUCAAGAUUACUUCGACCCUCUCUAUGCCGAAUCGGACACGCAAGAUGUGAUUUCUUGCUGGAAUUUUUUCUAUUCACAUUGUCAUAACGAUCUCUUGUGGUCCGUACUUAGUCUGUGCGAAUUCUUGAGAACGCAAAAUCACACAUCCACGGUGUCUUCCUCUUUGAACAACACCGUUGACUCGGGCAGGGGUGAUGGUCAAGUCCCAAGCAAGGCCAGCUUGAUCCGUCUACUGGACGGCACCUUGGAUACUUUCAUACGACAGUCGCAUCGACGAGGCAGCAAUGUUAAGGACAUUCUGCUGCUGACUGCUGUUAUACAGUCCAUUCGAAGUCGCGCACCGACUGAGCAAAGGCAGCAACGAAUGCUGCAAGGUGCCAAGGACACAAUGGUCGCUUGUCGCCGAAAUCUAGUCUCCAUGGCUUCUCUACGUACCAAUUCUGGUAACAUUGGGGCCGAAGAGCAAAUCAGCCCACACGAGAAUUUACCCAACUUUGCCGGGAUCUCAGCGUACAGUCUUUCAACCCCACACCCGCAGAAUUCCGACUUCACACAAGUGCCACUAGAGUCGACGGCGAAUUUUGAAGAUCUCGUAUCGGACUUGUUCUCAUUUGACGACAGCUCGUUCAUGUGGAAUUUGUGA